AUGACUAUACAAUCUAUCGGACAGGGCAGUAUCCAAAACAACCGACGCGAUCUGACCUCACCCUAUCAUUCGGACGUGAGUCAGUCCGCACCAAGCAGCCCUACAACUGACACCUAUGAAACCAUCCCUCUGGUUGACCCUUUCACCUCGACAUGGACUAGGCCCGGUGGUCGAAACGCAUUCGAAACGCAUGCGGGCGAAUACACAUACGAUGAUACUCCGGCCGGAUUCGAUUCGACCGGACUGACGGCUGACGGAAGAGACGAACGAAAUCCCGGGAUGACAAUUCAACUAAUUCGAUUGUUGCAGCGUUUGGGUAUACAGUCCGUGUGGCCAUGUCUGCGAGAACACAAUAUUACCGAGCUUCAUCGAUUGAGUCAAUUGACUCGAAGAGAUCUGAUCGAUAUGGGUGUUUUGGAUGCGGAAACUCGGGCCACACUGAUGACCGCCGCACGAAUCCUGACUGACUCCGUCCUCGGUAAGUUGGACACACAAGCAAUGAGUGUGCAAUCGAAAUGA